AGCCCCGCGCAGUCCACCGAGGGCCUGUCCCCGAGCCCCGCUGCCUACUCAGACCCCGCCCAGCCCACCGGGAGCCCCGCCCAGCCCCUCAGGCCGAGCCGAGCUCCCCGCCAGUCUUCCACCUGUUCGCCACAAGCUCCGCUCAGACCCCCUCCCUUUGGAGGUCACAGGCCCCGCCUUGCCCUCCCCCUCCCCCAGCUAGCCCUGGGGCCUCCCCGGAGGCCGGUCCUCGGCCCCUUGGUGCUCCCCGCUGGGAGGCGGGGUGGGCCUGAGGGCCGCCCGGCCCUGCCUUCAAGAGGACGGGUCACUACUGCAGACCCCACCGCAGAGAUCCGGUCAGCCCAUUCCCUGACGCCCACGAUGCCUCCCGGGAACCUCCCCAGGCCGGGUUGAUCAGAGCCUAAUCCCGUCCUUUUACGUGCCUCCACCCGUUUCCUGUGGUUUGGGGUCUCCCCCUGCUCGGAGGCCGGUCCUCUCUGGAGGACACCCUGACUAGUCCCGGUGUGUUCGUGUCCCGAGCAGAAAAGGCUAGUGGGGGCCCUGCACGGCCCGUUCCCGCUGGCUCAAGCCCGGGCUAGAGAGACCACAGCGGGACCCCGAGCGCGCACAUUGGCGGCGCUGCCCGCCCUCCGGCCGCCCUGUCGUGGGCCCUCGCAGGAGAGUUUGGGACAAGCAGCAAUGGAGGGGUACCCGGAGGUCUUCAGGCGUGGCGCAAGACACCAAGACAGAGGAGGGGACCCCCCGGGAGGGGAAAGAGGACGUGGGUGCGGACGCCGGCAGGAUCCAGCCCAGAGCUGAGUCCUGGCAGGGCGUGAGUCAGGCUGUCUGCCCAACACGGACAGGAGGCUCCUAGCUGGGCGCCGGGGCAGGGUGGGAGGGCGGGAGAAGACGCACAGGGUGGAUGAGCGGGAGGGACCGCAGAGGCGGACCAGAAGGGGCUCCGAGCCGCCAACGUAGGGAGGACAAAAAAGAUUGGACGUUCCCCGUUCGGAGCGGGCGCCGGACCGAGCUAGUUGACCAGGGCGGAGUCCACCGGAGGGAUGGGGGUGUGACUACACGGACGCCCCGCGCGCUUGCUCUGGCCUCGCCCGAUGCCGUGCGCUGGAGACGCGAGGCUGGCGACCCGGCUCGGCUCCGGCUCCGGCUCCGGCUCGGCUCCGGCUCCGGCUCGGCUCCGGGAGCGCACACUCGUUGGCCCACCGCCCUGGCUCCACAAGGGCGAAUGAUCGUAGUCCCCGGGCUUCGCAACAGCCCUCCUGGGGCUCCCAGCACUCCCCGUCGCGGCCAGAAGAGACCCUCAGUUGAAUUGCGAGCGCCCCCCACACCCCUGUUCCCGGCUCUCGCCCCCGCCUCGUGCACUCCCGCCCAUCCCCCCACAACGCCCGCGCGCCCGCCUCGGCCCAGCGCGUGGGCACCGGCCACGGGCCCCGCUCGCCCCACCCGCCUUCGCGGCCUGCCGGGCCCGGCCGCCGUGCCCCCUGCCCGCGGGCCCCAGCUUUCCGCCCGACGCCCGGGGGCUGGCUGGCCAGGAGUGACCCUGGACAGGGAUUAUGUCCAGGGGCGAACGCUUUCGAACCAAAGGGACCCGCGUGGCCGCAGAGGCGCAAGGAGCUAGGUUGCCAUUGGCCAGGCCGUGCUGCAGGUCGGCGGCACGAUUGGCUGAGGCUCUGGGCCCCAGCACGCAUGCCCCCGCGCGAUUGGUCCCGGGCUCCCAGAGCCCGCCUCCCGCG